UGUCAUUUCCUCAUUUUCAAGUCUUGCUCCUCGUGGGGGCCAGAAAUCUCUUUCAAGCUCCAGAUUGUAAAGGGUUCCUGGGUGAGCAGUGGGUCCCUGUCCCCAUCUCCAGGGGCUUUUGGAUGGGACGUUGCUCUGGAAGGAGCCAUGGACCUCUGGCUUUGGUCACUUUGCUUCCUGCCAGUGGCUGGGGCUCUGAGGAACCUCCCAGAAGUAAAGCUGGAGGGAAUUCUGGGUAGCUCCAUUACCAUUGAGUGCCCGCUUCCUCAAAAGCAUGUGAGGUUGUAUCUGUGCCGGGAAGUGGCUGAAUCUGGAGUAUGUUCCACCGUCGUGUCCAGCAAGAAUUUCGUCAAGGAAGAAUACAAGCACCGAGUCACCCUGAAGCCAUAUCCAGAUCAGAAUGUGUUCCUAGUGGAGGUGACAGAGCUGACCAAGAGUGACAGCGGAGUCUAUGCCUGUGGGACAGGCAUGAAAACAGACCGGGGCAAGACCCAGCAGGUCACCCUGAGUGUCCACAGUGAGUAUGACCCAUUCUGGGAAGACGAGCUGAUGCCUGAGCCUCCAAGAUGGUUUCAUAAAUUUUUACAUAGACCGAUGCCCCCUUGGUUCCAGAUGCCUGCACAUGCCGAUUCUCUUGAAUUCAUACCUAAAGCUACCCCACCAGCUCAAAGGACUGAGGCUCCUCCAGCAACCCACCCCUCCCCCACCACCCGAAUCUCUCACCACCUUCGAGUUUCCAGAGCAUCUUCAGUAGCAGUUACCAAGCCCCCAACCUUCCUGCCAUCUACCACAACCUCAAAGACCUCAACUCCGGGGGUGCUUCGUAGGCUCCAGACGGCCAGCUACAACUACCACAGCAGGCUUCACAGGCAGAGAGCCUUCCACCAAGGCCCGGUGUCUGGGAUGGAAGACCAAGGAUUUCACAUCCUGGUGCCCACCGCCCUGAGCCUCAUCCUGCUGACGCUUGUUGGACUGUUGGUGAAAAGGGCCAUUCAAAGGAGGAAAGCCCUCUCCAGGCGGGUCCGCCGAGUGGCGGUGAGGAUGAGCGCCCUGGAGGCGUCCCAGCGGCCCCCGCAGCAGCGGCGCCGCGCGUCGCAGCCGCAACGCUCCCAGAACAUCUACAGCGCCUGCCCGCGGCGUGCUCGGGCGGCGGACGCUGCAGGUGAGCGGGAGGCUCCUCUCGCAGGCCCUGGAGCGUCAGCACCCCCGGCCGCGCCGCAGGUAAUGGAAACUCUCUGGCUCCAUGCCCCAUCUCUGAAGACCAGCUGUGAAUAUGUGAGCCUCUACUACAAGCCUGUUGCCAAAGCAGAGGACACUGAUUCAGAUGACUAUGUCAAUAUUCCCUGCCUGACUCACCUGUCCCCCUGUCCCCCUGGGCCCAGACCUUGGUGCCAAUGAGUCUUGUCUAUCUGCUGGUUUCCAAUACCUCCUCUGUUUUUGGAGCCCUUAUUACCUCCCACACUAACCUUAAGUCUUGUUCCUGUCUCUCCUGAACAUAGCUCUGUACCCCCUCCUGUUUCUUCUUGCACACCUCUGCAGCCCUCUGUGGUUUUCAGGUAGGUUCUGGGCAGGCAGAGUAUUUGUCCCUGUGCUACCUGCUUCCCUUCCAAGCCAACGGGAUUUGCAGAGUGUCUUUGAUCACAGGGUCUUUGCUGCCCUGGGUCUAGACACAUGGCAUCAGACUGGAGGAUAGACAUAAGUGUUGCUUCGGGGGACUUGCUCAGUCUUGGGCCUCAUACCAGUCAAAGGCCCCCAGACCGCCUCAUGAGGGCAUGCCUCAGGCCUGUGAGCUAGGAAGGGGCCUGGUAUGAAAUGCCCCUGGCAACAUCUUUGCCCUGAUCAUAGGGCUGGCUCUUACUAGUGAGCUUCUAUUCAUCUUGAGUCCUAUGAUAAGGACAUUUCAUUUUGAGAUGACAAUAAAGGGUUAUAAAUUUUCAGAACCAUGCUUGUGUUAGUGACUAUCCAUCUAUCUAUGUAUCUAUCCAUCUAUCUAUCUAUCCAUCCACCCACCCACCCAUCCAUCCAUCCAUCCAUCUACCUACCUACCUACCUACCUACCUAUCUAUCCUCUUUACUGUCUCCCUCCUUUGAUGCCCAUAAGUACCCUGAUCAGUGUCUUUCCUCUUUUGAAAAUAGGAUAGUUUGUGUCAUCAUCUCCUUAUCUUUCUUCCAUGGCCUAGCACUGAUAUCUGUGCACUUUCUUUAGUGCCGGGCUAGUUUGGCCAUCCCAAACCAUUACAUCUCUCUGCUUUCAGAAACGCACCUCAUUUCUUUGCCAGGUAGCUUAUAGCAAGGUGGGUCAGGAGAGUGGAUUCUUAAGGGGCCAGGCGCUGUGUAAUAGCACUUAAUGUCGUGAAAGAAGACAUAUCUCCCCUCCUAUAUAUACUUUCUCCUAAGUUUUUCUGGCAAGGGCAUAGGCAGACAUUGUAUCUUUGGAUUAAAGUCCACUACAAAGUUCAGCUAGGGUUUGAGGCUAGAGAACACACAGUCUUGCUAUUAAGAAGAGCUUUCCUGGGGCGCCUGGGUGGCGCAGUCGGUUGAGCGUCCGACUUCAGCCAGGUCACGAUCUCGCGGUCCGUGAGUUCGAGCCCCGUUCAUGCUCUGUCU